AUGAUCUUGUUCAAAACCAAAAAGGGUGUAAGAAACCUCCCUCCGGGCAGCUUCGGAUGGCCGCUUAUUGGUGAGACGGUAGAGUUUCUCGAUGCCCUGAGACAAGGAUCAAUAGAAAAAUUCAUCGAAGAGAGAACAGAAAAGUACGAUAGUCGGGUGUUUAAGACUUCACUCCUGGGGGAGCCUAUGGCUGUGCUGAGUGGGACGGCCGGUAACAAGUUUUUGUUCAGCAAUGAGAAUAAGAUGGUCACCCUCUGGUGGCCGGCUUCUGUGAGAAAGCUGCUCGGAACAUGUUUAACGACCACUGGCGGUGCACAAGGCGUGCACAUGAGAAAGACCCUUUCUUACUUUGUUAGCCCCGAUGCCUUUUCAAAACUCUACAUAAGGACAAUGGAUCUCGUGUCUCGCCAACAUUUGGACACUCACUGGCAAGGUAAAGAGGAGUUGGAAGUGUUCCCGGCAAUGAAACAGUACACGUUCGAGCUCGCGUGUCGAUUGUUUAUGAGUAUUCAAGACCCAUCAACAAUCGAUAAGCUGGCAGCCCUCUUCCAAAUUUUCCUUGGGGGAGUGAUUUCUAUCCCUCUCGAUUUCCCGGGGACCAAAUUCUACUAUGCCAAGAGGGCAGCGUUUGCUAUUAAAAAAGAGCUCAAAAUAAUAGCCCGGCAAAGGAGUGAGGAUUUGGAACAAAAAAACGCUUCACCUUCGCAGGACCUUUUGUCUCAUUUGCUCGUCACGCCCGACGAGAAUGGAAUAUUUAUGUCCGAAACGGUUAUAGUGAAUAACAUACUAAUGUUACUCUUUGCUGGCCACGACACUUCCAGUUGUUUGUUAACGAUGCUCAUUAAAGUUCUGGCACAACAUCCACAGGUCUACGAAGAGGUGUUGAGAGAGCAAAAUGAAAUUGCGGCAUCAAAGGAGCCAGGAGAGUUUCUGCAGUGGGAGGAUAUUCAGAAGAUGAAGUACACGUGGAAUGUGGUGUGCGAAACUACAAGACUAUGGCCGCCUAUAACAGGUGGCUUUCGAGAAGCUAUAGUCGACAUAAACUAUGAAGGUUAUACCAUACCAAAAGGAUGGAAGUUCUACUGGAACGCGCCAACAACACAUAGAGAUUCCAGCUUGUUUCGAGACGAGGAGAAAUUUGAUCCCACGAGAUUCGAUGGUUGCGGUGCUAUCCCUUACUCUUUCGUUCCUUUCGGAGGAGGACCUCGAAUGUGCCUAGGUAAAGAGUUUGCUCGAUUGGAGAUUCUCACAUUUCUGCACAAUCUCAUUCCAAGGUUUAGAUGGGAUAUACUAAUCCCUGACGAGAGGAUAAUAUGCGACCCGAUACCCACGCCAGAGAAAGGGCUGCCGGUUCGUAUCCGUUCGCAUCGAGGCUGA